AUGUGGAGCAAGUCCGUCGAUCGCUCAGGGCCCGGGCCACUGAUGGCUACCUGGGUGCUUUUUGCUGUUGUUGCGAGUGUCUUUGCUUCAAACGAGUUUAAGACCAGACCCAGUAUUACGGCAGAUGAGAAUGGCACGCUUCAUGUCAACACAACUGGCGUCGUGUUGAUCAAUGGGGUUGAUGUUGUAAACACCCUGGCACAGGUCGCGCAGCAGCUUCAAGACCUCAGGCAACGCGUCAUGCUUCCUAUUUUUGAUGGGGCCUUGUCCAUAUCCGCGGGCAGCGAUAGUCCCAACUCCAUAUAUGCAGCAGACUUGGAUGGUGAUGGUGACAUGGACAUCAUCGGCUCAAGCAAUAACGAUAACACGAUCGCGUGGUAUCGCAACGACGGCGCUGGCGAGUUUUCAAAAAGGGUCCUGAGCGCAUCGGUAGACCGUGCUCGUGCGGUUUUCGCAGCUGAUUUGGACGACGACGGUGACAUGGAUGUGGUUGCCGCUAGUGGGGGGGAUGACGAAAUAGUCUGGUACCGCAACAACGGAACAGGCGGCUUUUCAAGCAGUCUGACCAUUACCACGUCGGCUGAUAACCCCAACUCGGUGUUUGCAGCUGAUCUAGACGGCGACGGUGACUUGGACAUUCUCAGCGUGAGCCUCAAUGAUGACACGCUUGCAUGGUAUCGCAAUGAUGGCUCUGGCCAAUUUUCAAGCCGCCGGCUCAUCUCCACGAAUACAGACUAUCCACAUGAUGUCUUUGCGGCUGAUCUCGAUGGUGAUGGCGACAUGGACGUUCUUAGCGCAAGCUAUGAAGACGACAAAGUUGCUUGGUAUCGCAAUGAUGGGAGCGGCGCUUUCUCAAGUGAAAUUAUCAUAACCACUGCGGCAGAUGCUGCUGUCAGUGUUUAUGCGAUCGACCUAGACGGUGAUGGUGACAUGGACGUGCUGAGCGCGAGCGAGUUUGAUAACAAAAUCGCUUGGUAUCGUAAUGACGGGACCGGACGCUUCUCGACUCAAAUCAUCAUUUCCACUCAGGCCGAAGGUGCUCGCGCAGUAUACGCAGUGGACUUGGAUGGAGAUGGCGAUCCCGACGUUCUCAGUGCUAGCAGAUACGACAACAAGAUUGCAUGGUAUCGCAAUGAAGGUGCCGGUGUGUUUUCUACGCAGAACAUAAUAACGACAUCUGCAACUGGUACUCGGGCCGUGCAUGCAGCAGAUCUGGAUGGCGACGGUGACUUGGAUGUCAUGAGCGCAAACGAGGCUGGCAACACAAUUACAUGGUAUCGCAGCACCGGACUUUCCAUUCCUCACGAUUAA